AUGAAAGCCGACGAAGACGUUCCAAAGGAGCUCAGUGCUCACGUAGAGCAUGCCGCGGAUUCUACAGCUACCACCAAGGAGGCCUUACAGGCCUCUACAUAUGAGCAUGAAGCCACCGUGUGGGAAGCUCUAAAGUACAACUAUAAGGCUGUGCUAUGGUCUGCAGCUAUCUCGCUGACGAUCAUCAUGGAGGGCUACGAUGUUGAUGAGCAAUCUCUCAUCUAUCAGUUCUUCACUUAUCCUGCGUUUCAACGAAAAUUCGGAGCAUAUCGCCCAGAACAAGGUGAAUAUGUCGUUACUGGCUCCUGGCAGGCAGGUCUCAGCAAUGGCGGCAAUGUCGGUAUCAUUAUUGGCGGCUUUCUGAACGGCUACUUGUCCACCCGUUUCGAAUACAAAAGAGUCCUUUUAGGCGCCCUCUUCUGUAUGAAUUGGUUCAUUUUCAUCCUAUUCUUCGCCCUGUCAGCGCCUAUGCUUCUCGUAGGGCAAAUUGUAUGCGGGCUCACCUGGAGAAUCUUUGCAACGACAUCGCCAGCUUACGCCUCGGAAGUAUGUACUCUGGCUCUCCGUGGUUAUUUGACUUGCUACGUGAUCCUUUGCUGGGCCAUGGGCCAAUUCAUAGCCUCCGGUGCCCUUUACGGCUUGCUAAAGUCGAGGUGGAUUUGGCCUGUUCCUCUCUUCGUUCUUAUCAUGUUGGCACCGGAGUCGCUCUGGUGGUUGACACGAAACAAUCGCAUAGAUGACGCCUACAAAUCCCUUGCCCGGCUCGACACCAGAGGUUGUGAGUCGCAUCAAAGAACCCUAGCGCAAAUCACGCAUACCCUUGAACUGGAGGCGAAGCUGGAUUCUGGAUCCAGCUAUCUGGACUGUCAAGUUCUGUCCGGCUCAGCCUUUGCCUACACGCCUACUUACUUCUUCGUCCAAGCAGGAAUUAGCACGGAGAAUGCCUACCAGAUCUCAAUAGGGGCUACCGCGAUUUCCUUUGUUGGAACUAUCAUCUCGUGGUUCUUGUUAGCCCGAUUUGGUAGACGCCAACUCUACGUGGUUGGCACUACCUGCUUGACUUGCCUCCUAUUGAUCAUCGGAGUUAUUGCUUCGGCGUCUGAAUCCAGCAGCGCGAAAUGGGGUCAAGCUGCGCUUUCUUUGAACUGGCCCUUCGCGUAUUCUGUCACUCUUGGUCCUGUUACUUAUACGAUCAUUUCUGAGACGUCGUCGAUCCACCUGAGGGCUAAAUCUGUUUGUUUAUCGCGCAACAUCUACAAUAUCACCAAUCUUGUUGCCCAAGUCGGCAAGACAGCGUAUGUCUGGACGGCGACCGCCGCGGUGACCACAACCUGGGCAUUCUUCCGACUGCCGGAGUGCCGGGGCAGGACUUAUGAUGAGCUGGACGUGAUGUUUCAUCAAAAAGUGCCGGCUAGGAAGUUCGUUACGUAUCAGAUCAAUGUGCAUGAUGCGGAUGCUUUGAAGACGGAGGGGGCUGUAGACAAAGAUAACACCAAGUGA